UUUGUGCGCUGACUUUUGUGCGCUGAGCUGAGAGAGUGCUGUCAUUUUUUCCGCACAGCGUCCGCAUUGCCAUCAUCACAUCAGCCCAGAUCCAAGAUCGACCUUGCUUCUUGCUUGCUUGAUUGAUUGAUUGCGCCCUUGCUGGUAGCACGUGAGUGAACCGCUCCCUCCACCCCCACUGCGACAAGAGCCAGUGAGCAUGGCCGACAAGGGAGACGCCUCCAAGAAGACGGAGGAAGAGAAGCCCACGGUCGUGGAACCCAACACAAGCGCGGAGAGCAGCAGCAGCAGCAGCAGCAAGAAGACAAAGGACGUCGGCGUCGUCCACACCGCCUCCGGCGAUGUCUGCAUCCUGCCAGGGAACCAGCAAGACGUGUAUCGUCAGCUGAUGGAGACCCAGCCAAGCAGCGCCCUCAAGUACCUGCAGAGCGGCGUGCCUGACGUCAUCGAGGAUGUCUCCGACGAAGAGGAUCAGGUUUCAGCCGACGAGGAGGAGGAGAUGCUGCAGGCCGCCCGCCUGACCGGUGACGCUCGCUACACCGUCACCGAAGAGAAGAAGCUCAACGAUGCGCUGUUGAAGUGGCACGCGAAGCUGCAGCCUCCAGAUGCCCCUGAGCCGAGCAAAGGGUCGCUGUCCCCGCCGGUCCGCCGCCGCGAGCGCCUCACCUCGAUGACCACCAUCGCCCCCGACCUCAAGGAGGCCACCUCUGCUGUCGACUUCCGCCGCAUCCUCCUCACACGCAUGGAGAAGCACGAGCUUGAGACGGGCGACAUUUCCACCAUGAUCAUGAACGCCGUCUUCCUUCGCCAAAAGUACAUGCGCAGGAGCGAGCAACAGUUCCCCUCGUUUGUGACGGAGCUCUUGCUUGCAGGCAAAGGGCCGUCCCGCAAGACUGCGCCAUCAUCCAGCGGGCAGAAUCUGCCAAAGUGCUCGAAGGUGUUUGCAGAGGAGGACGUGGUUGCCGAUUGCCUCAAGUCAAACAACGUCAAGCUCAGCAUGCAUAAGGGCGUGUUCAACCUGUACGCAGGCGAUGAUGAGGAGUGCACCAUCCCCUUCUACAAAUACGUUGAUGUGAAGUACUAUCUGCGGGAUUUGUCGAAGCUGUUGGCGCUGAUCAACGACGGACCAACCAAGUCCUUCUCCUUCCGCCGCAUCCACUUUCUCCUCAACAAGUUCACCCUCCACACCAUGCUCAACAGCACCCGCGAGCUCACGGAGCAAAAGUCCGUUCCCCAUCGUGACUUUUACAACAUCCGAAAGGUGGACACACACGUGCACCUGUCUGCGUGCAUGAACCAGAAGCACCUGCUGCGCUUCAUCAAGUCGAAGCUGAAGAAGUGCCCUGACGAGACGGUCAUCCACCGUGAUGGAAAGGACCUCACCCUCCAGCAAGUCUUUGACAGCCUGAACCUGACGUCGUACGAUUUGUCGAUUGACACGCUGGACAUGCACGCGGACCAGUCGACGUUCCACCGCUUUGACCGCUUCAACCUCAAGUACAACCCCAUUGGCGAGUCCCGCCUGCGCGAGAUCUUCCUCAAGACAAGCAACAAGAUCAAGGGGCGGUACUUUGCGGAGGUUUCCCGCCAGGUCAUUGACGACCUCGAGGAGUCAAAGUACCAGAUGGCUGAGUACCGCGUGUCUGUGUACGGGCGUGCGCCCGACGAGCUGACGAAGCUUGGCGCGUGGUUCUGCGACAACAACAUGGCCUCCGACAACGUCCGCUGGCUCAUCCAAGUGCCCCGCCUCUAUUAUGUGUACAAGAAGACGGGCCUCCUCGACAACUUUGCACAAGUUCUCGACAACCUCUUCCGCCCUCUCUUCGAGAACACGCUCAACCCCGAGAAGGACCCCAAGCUGGCGGAGUUCCUGGCGCACGUGGUUGGCUUUGACAGCGUGGACGACGAGAGCAAGCCAGAGCGCUUCCCACACACCCCAAGCUGCGAGCAACCAGAGAUGUGGGACAAGCCCGACAACCCGUCGUACUCGUACUAUGCGUACUACACGUAUGCCAACCUGAGCGUGCUGAACAAGUUGCGCAAGGCCAAGGGCCUGAACACGUUUGCGUUCCGCCCCCACUCUGGCGAGGCGGGCUCCAUCGAGCACCUGGUCACCACCUACCUUCUCAGCGAGAACAUUUCCCACGGCAUUCGUCUCCGCAAAGCGCCCGUGCUGCAGUACCUGUACUACCUGUGCCAGGUGGGCCUCUCUGUGUCGCCGCUCAGCAACAACCACCUCUUCCUCGACUAUCACAAGAACCCCUUCCCCAACUUCCAUGCCAUGGGCAUGAACGUCACCCUCUCCACCGACGACCCGCUGUUGUUCCAUCUGUCACGCGAGCCCCUGAUUGAGGAGUACAGCAUUGCGUCGCAGGUGUGGCGCCUGUCCCGCGUGGAUGUGUGCGAGAUUUGCGCCAACUCUGUUCGCAUCAGCGGCUUCCCUGCAGAGUUUAAGCGCCACUGGCUCGGCGACCACUUUGACAGCGCCGGCCCUUCAGGCAACAACAUUGCGCAAUCCAACGUGCCUGAUACGCGCUGCGCCUAUCGCUUUGAGACGCUGGUGGAGGAGCUGGAAACCCUCCUGGAACUCCAAGAGGAGGCUUAACCAACCAAACCCAAAAGGCACAGGCAAGGGACAACGCAAGGCAAGGAUGACAGACAGCAAGAAGAAGGGAAAGAACCAACUGACGCCAACACACAACACACAAACACACAAGCACACACACCACAACACACUUGCCAACCCAUUCGCCCGGUUCCAUCCAAAAAUAGAUGUCGUUUUUCUUGCUUGUUUUGUCCUGGCGCUUUUGGUGGACGAUUGCUGCAAUCGUGCAUCUGUUCGUUUCGAUGGUGGAUAGUGUGUUAUGAGCUGAGCCCCAUUUUUGCCGCUCCAGCAAUUACAACUUCCGCACCAUCGAACCCCGAC